CUGUGACACAUGACAUCCAAUCCUUGUAAUACAGAAACGUACUUGAACUCGGCACUCUCAGUGAGAACAUGUAAUACGCGGGGUGAAGAGUGUCUGACAUGUCUCCUGUCAUAAGCUUUUCAAGACAUUUGUUUGGUCGUAGCCGCUUUCUGUAUUGGGCUCUGAAGAGCGUUCCCAUCAGACGCUUGGAAGACUCCAGAGCAGCAGUGAGGAUGGGAAACUACAGCAGUCUCCAUUUCUGUGGGAUACCCAGUGGGAAGGGACCCCACACAGUCGGCUGUACAGACCUGAUGAGCGAUCACACCAUUCAGGGCAGUUUUCUACGAGUGUUCUACCCUUGUGUGGACAGCGAUGAAUAUGAAGAAGCUCUAUGGAUUCCUCGAAAAGAGUAUUACCGGGGACUCGCAGACACUCUGAAGCUCAACAGGACUCUGACUGAUUAUAUUUUUAGCUGCUUCUUUGGGUCUGUGAAAUGUCCGGCAAAGCUGAAUGCACCAUUCAAACCAGGAGAAAAAUACCCCCUCAUCAUAUUCUCCCACGGGCUCGGAGCUUUCAGAACGUUGUAUUCAGCUAUCUGUAUCGGGUUGGCGUCACAGGGCUUUGUAGUUGCGGCAGUUGAGCACAGAGAUGAAUCUGCAUCUGCAACGUUUUAUCUCCGGGAGAGCUCCCCUACGGACCCUUGUGAGGAUGUGUGUGACCCUCUGGAGGAGGUGUGGAUUUAUAACAAGGCUCCCAAACCAGGAGCAGACGAAUUCCCACUCCGGUUUGAGCAGGUACAGAAGAGGGCAGAUGAGUGCAUCAAGGCUCUGGACCUCAUGCUGGAUAUCAACGCUGGCAAACCAGUAACCAAUGCAUUGCCAUCCAACUUUGACUGGCUUCCGUUAAAGGACUCGAUGGAUGUGCAGAGAGUGGCAGCAGCGGGACAUUCCUUUGGGGCAGCUACAGCAAUCAAAGCUCUUGGCAGGGAUUCACGAUUCAAGUGUGGUGUCGCUCUGGAUGCCUGGAUGUUCUCUCUCCGAGAUGAAAUCUUCUCUGUCAUCCACCAGCCGGUCUUAUUUGUCAACUCCGAGAAGUUCCAGUGGGUGGACAAUGUCAUGAUCAUGAAGAAGAUGGAUUCCUCCAGCGUGGAGAGGAAGAUGAUCACCAUCAAGGGCAGUGUACACCAGAGCUUCCCGGACUUCACCUUCCUCACCGGUUAUCUUGUAGGGAAAAUAUUCAAGUUGAAGGGAGAAAUUGAUCCGUAUGUGGGGAUGGAAAUUAUUAUCCAUGUGACUCUCGCGUUCUUCCAGCGACAUCUAGAUCUCCAGAGGGACUUCAAUCAAUGGGAUCAUCUCAUCGACGGUGAAGGAGAAUUCAUCAUGCCAGGAACGAAUCUUGCUCUACCUCCAGCACAGACCGAGGGCCCCAAAUGACCCUCAGUGCCAACAAGUGACCCACAGCCUAUUACCUCCUCCCCACCGUGGGAGCAUUCUGCUCUGUGAUGGAAGAGAGAGCUGUGCCUCCUCCAUGGGACGCCCGAUACUUGUGACUGCCGACUGUGGAGGAAUCUGAGACUUCCCAUAGUCUGUGAUCUAGUGCUAGGA